AUGACUCAAGAUGCUGAGUUGUCUUUUCAAUCCUUGCGAAUUGUGUUUUCCGAUCGCAUUCGAGGCAAUUUCGUAAGACUUCCAGUUUCCAUCGUCCAUGUACUUGAAAACACCUCGAUACCCGUUCAAGAAUUCGGAAUUACGAUUAAUACAGAUGGGAACAAGGUACAUGUAGGAUGGGACGGUUUUGAAGCAUUGCAGUCACUAAAUGGACAAAGCUGUGUAGAAAUCAACCCUAUCCUUGCCUCUGCGCACAAGAUCAGGGAAGGAUCCGUUGUGGAUUUGAGCAUCAGACAAUUUGAUCAAGGUCUCGUCGCAAGCGAAGUCUACGUAGAGCCGCAGUCAAGUGAUGAUUGGGAGGUUAUUGACGGAAAUGCCAGAUUUAUACAAGACAACAUGCUAUCCCAAACGCGAAUUGUGGUCCAAGACGAGCUGCUGAUAUGCUAUGUGGAACAAACGGUUGCGAAAUUCACCAUUCAAAAAAUUGUACCGCAUUUUUCAGGUGCUGCCAGAAUCACUACAGACACACUGGUUAUGGUGGCGCCUAAAGUCAACAGAUCGAGGCUUGUGAACGGCAAGUCUGAACGACAUGAUGAUACGCGUUCUGUGCACAAGCCAAGUGUUUUGAGAACAGUCCAGCAAACAGAAAAUCUGCGAGGCUAUUCGAUGCGUGUUGCCCCGCAAAUAGCUAAGUCCUCCCUGGCGCUAGUCAGCAUCAUAAAAAAUCCGUUGGAGCCAUCCUCAGAGGAAAGCUCAGAGGAGGAAACGAAACUUGAACGUGCACAAAGCAUUGCUGUGUCUGUAACGGCUGACCCUCAAACAGAUGCAAAACAUGUCGCACUAUCUCGCUUCACAUGGGACUCCCUUGGUAUUGACGCUCGAAAUGGGUACAAGUUGAAAGUGGCCUUUGUCUCACUACGACCUGAGCAGGCCCCACCAAGCGUAUUGGUCUAUCCUAUAGAUCAAUCUGAAAGUGGCAAGAAAACUUUGUUUGGUGGUAAGCUCUCCAACUCGCAGCAGCACGUAGUGCAGAGCAUAAAGGCGGAAAUGAUUGGCUCGGUAUUGACAAACAGGUUAGUUCUACCGCUCGACCAAGUAUACAUCGAGCUGGUUUCGGAAACAGGUGAGCAUGUACCCUUUUAUGAGUGGAAGGAUGCGGAGGUCGAUUUUAGAUAUAUGGAUAAACCCGUCAAAGUGUUGAAAAAUCACUUCUUCGAGACCAAAACCCAAUUGCCGAGAUGCAUUGGGAUGGGAACACUACUGGACCAAAUGCAAAAUCAUCUAACACUACCAAUCAUGAGUUCUGGCUGCUCGUUGGUGACUGGGUCCAGCGGAAUGGGCAAGACUUUGUUAAUAAAACAGCUCAAAACCCAACUGGAAGCCACUUCGACUCUUUAUGUCGAAUACGUGGACUGUGAAGACUUCAUGGACAACACUAAUUUCGUAAAAAUGAAACAAACGCUGCAGCGGCUGAUGGCAUCUUGUUAUUGGUAUGCGCCAUCUCUUUUGAUUUUGGAUAAUGCAGAAAUUUUGUUUCCGCAUAACAAGUCCGAAGAGGAAACCCAACCCCAAAGUAAUGCAACUGAGGUUUCCACGAGGUUGAGCAGAGUAUUUAUACAAGAGCUUGAGCAACUCUCGAAGAAGGUGUAUGGGAGUGUUCGUGUACUUCUGACAGCAGAGAGACGAGAGAAUCUCAAUCAAGCACUAUUUUCAAGGCACGCAAUUGGCAAAACAUGGCAUCUAGAAGCACCAGGCCGAGAAUUCAGAGGCUCCUUAAUGGGUCAGUUUCUCUCUGACAAAUCUUUGAGCCUUUCGGAUGGUCUUGACCUUUCGACAUUAGCUUCUGAAUCCGAAGGUUACUCUCCAAGAGACCUCCUUCUCUUUUCAGAAACACUACUGUGUGAACACCUCUGUGAUCAGUUGAGCACGUCUAUACCAGUGACGAAAAAUACCUUCGAGCGGACAAUCGCCACUUUCACGCCUUCUUCCCUGAGGGGCAUAAAAUUGCAAAAAGACACAGGCGUUAAAUGGUCAAGUGUGGGAGCGAUGCACAGAGCGAAAGAACUUUUGUUGGAAACACUGGAAUGGCCUACAAAGUAUGCGCCGAUAUUCUCGAAGUGUCCUUUGCGGUUGAGAUCUGGAAUCUUGCUGUACGGAUACCCAGGAUGUGGCAAGACAAUGUUAGCGAGUGCUGUGGCCCAGCAAUGCGGAGUCAAUUUCAUAUCGAUCAAGGGCCCCGAGAUUUUGAAUAAAUACAUUGGGGCUAGUGAGCAAAGUGUGCGAGAAUGCUUCGAAAGAGCACAGGCUGCGCGACCUUGUGUGUUGUUUUUCGAUGAGUUCGACUCUAUCGCGCCUAAGAGAGGACACGAUUCCAUUGGGGUCACGGACCGAGUUGUGAAUCAAAUGCUGACACAGAUGGAUGGUGCAGAAGGCUUGGAGGGCGUCUACGUCUUGGCCGCAACAAGCAGACCGGAUCUGAUAGACUCUGCUCUUCUGCGGCCGGGACGUCUCGAUAAAAGUGUACUUUGCGGGCUGCCAUCGGCUUCCGAAAGGUUGGAAAUAUUGGAAACCAUUAUCGAAGCGGGGGGCAUGAGUUUGGAAGAAGAUUGCGAUCUGCAAGAGGUUGCAAAUGCCACUGAGGGCAUGUCUGGCGCCGAUCUGCAGGGUCUGUGUUAUACGGCGCACCUGAAAAGCGUGCAUCGCAAAAUGGAGCUGGUGUCCGAGCAAACGCAGCCGCACAGCCGAACCGAUGGUGGCAAGAAGGACAGUGAUGGCGGAGUAUCUUUUGAGUAUUUUUUGACAAACGGAGAGAGUUCCGAUUCGGAGAGUCUUGUGAGAGCAGAAAAAAUCCUGUCAGCAAGUCUUGCGAGCCCAGAAAUAUCUUCAUCGCCUACGCUUGCGGACGGUGUUACUGUUUCCGAGAAAACCUCUCCGCGAAUCUCGCGUAGCGACUUGCAGAGCGCGUGUCGUGAGACCAAACCUUCAAUUUCGUCCGCAGAACUCCAGAAAUUGACCAAAAUCUACGGCCUUUUUUCCAGCAACAGAGAUGCCAAAAUGCCGUCCGGGGAAGCUUCCAAUGAAAUCGGUGGAAGGAUGACUUUGAUGUAA